GGCGUUUGCUUUAUUUUAAAACAGAAGAAAGAAAGAGUAGCUUCUACUUGAACACUCUUUCACUCAUCUCUACACUCCACUCAACUCUUCCCUUAUUAUACCAUAUAAAUAAAUCAAAUCCCACUCUCUCUUCUCUUCUCUCCUCUGCAUUCAACCAACAAACACACCUAGAAAAUCAAAUCAUUUUUCUCAUCUCUAACGACAACAACAACAACAACAACCUCGCUCAUCCAGAAUCAGGGAAUUGCUAUUACCAGCUUCGGGAAAAUGGAGAGGAGCACUCCGGUGAGGAAACCUCACACUUCAACCGCAGAUCUGCUCACUUGGUCCGAAACUCCACCGUCUGAUUCACCAGCUCCUGCUUCCUCUGCACCUCGUUCUCACCAGCCGUCGGAUGGGAUCAGGAAGGUGGUGUUUGGUGGUCAGGUCACCGAUGAAGAGGUUGAGAGCUUAAACAAACGGAAGCCUUGUUCGGAGUCUAAGAUGAAGGAGAUCACUGGUAGUGGAAUAUUUGUGGCCAAUGGGGAGGAUGACACUGCAGAAGAUGGCAGUGCCAACCCUCAAAAUAAAACCGGAAUACGCAUGUAUCAGCAAGCUGUUGCGGGAAUCAGUCAUAUCUCCUUUGGUGAGGAAGGGAGCCUUUUGCCAAAAAAACCCUCUUCUUUGCCUGAGGUUGCCAAGCAGCGUGAGCUGAGUGGAACUCUGGAAAGUGAAGACCACAAAUUGAACAAGCAGCUUUCGGAUGCUAAGUGCAAGGAACUUAGUGGUCAUGACAUAUUUGCUCCACCACCAGAAAUCAAACCCCGACCAAUAACUGCUCGCGUACUGGAGUUGAAAGGGAGCAUAGAUAUUGGAGAGCUUGCUCCAAGUCAGGCCGAUGGGGAUGGUACUACCAAGACAGCAAAGAAGAUUUACAAAGAGAAAUUUGCAGACCUUUCAGGAAAUGACAUUUUCAGGGGUGAAGUGCCACCUUCCUCCACUGAGAAAUCGCUGAGUGGUGCUAAACUGCGCGAGAUAAGUGGCAGUAACAUCUUUGCUGAUGGAAAGGUGGAAUCUAGAGACUUCCUGGGCGGUGUACGGAAACCACCUGGUGGAGAGAGCAGCAUUGCCUUGGUAUAAUUUGUUAGGUCUAACUUAUCUUCUUCAUAUGAUGGUCUUGUUUUGGUUUAAUCAAUUUUAGUGGGGAUGUGUUAUUAUAUUAUUUGACCUUGUAUUCUGGGUUUUGGGAUUUUGCGAUUUAGAUUUCUUGAUGACUUGACCAAAAGGAACAUUGCUAAUUGGUUGUAUGUCCAUAAUCCUGUGUUUUGCUUCGUGUUUGCUUUAAUGAAGUGAUUUGGACUGUUUACCAUCUAAUAUAGACUCACUUUAUUCUUA